AUGAGUGCUCGUGAGUGCAGCACCUCAAGCAGGAGCAUUGACAGCAGCAGCAGCUUCCCUUCCAAGUCACGCGUCUCCUCGCUCAAGCUAACCCAGCUUCCCCCCCCUCCCUCCUCCGCAGUCGACGAUCUCUCGUCAGGUUCGUCGGACUAUGCAGCAAAUAGCUGGGUGACGUGGUUCUUGAGCACAAAGGGCAACGAGUACUUUUGCGAAGUGGAUGAAGAGUAUAUUCUGGAUAGGUUCAAUUUGACGGGACUGAAUGCCGAGGUGCAAAACUACCCUCAGGCUUUGGACCUGAUCACUGAUGCGCUUGGUGAGUUGUGAAGCUGGAAGCUGCAGGCUGUUGAAUUGCUGGAAGGUGCAAGACUUUUAAAGCGGCUUGACAGGCCACAUUGAUAUGCUAGACGUGGGCUGCUAGACAAGUCCUGGUCGCCGCCGGGUUUGCGCGCGUGUCAUGCUGGCUCACUCCUCGAUCCCGAUGCACCCAGAGGAGGACUUGGAAGACGAGGCGCGUGAUCAUGUCGAGAAUCAGGCAAGAUUACUGUACGGUUUAGUGCACGCGCGAUUCAUUGUGACCACGAGAGGUCUGCAAAAGAUGGUGAGUGCGCGCCGCGCCUCAGAACAAGUUCCUUUCUUAGCACGCGCCUGUGGACGCCGAAGCUGACGCAGUCUAUAUCGGCACUUUUGCUAGGUGGACAAGUACAAGAGAGAUGACUUUGGACGAUGUCCGCGCGUGCUUUGCUACCAGCAAGCGCUACUGCCCGUCGGCUUGUCAGACUUGCCAUUCCACAAGGCCGUCAAGUUGUUUUGUCCACGAUGCGAGGAUAUCUACUCGCCCAAAAGCAGCCGACAUGGGACAAUCGAUGGGGCAUUCUUUGGCAGUACUUUUCCACACAUGUUUGUGAGUCGAGCACUUGGGACGCAGUUGGCAAGUUGCGACUUGUAUGCGCGCCAUUUGCUGAGCAGUGUCUCUUUGAUUCCCCGAUAAACAUACGUCGUUCCACGCAGUUCAUGGCGUAUCCUCACUUGCUCCCAUCAAAGUCACCCUCUGCGCCGUCUCCUUUCUUGAUCAAUGCGCGCGAUCGAGACGGGUACGGAAGGGAGGGGUCAUUGGGUCCCGGUGGUGGAUUGACGCCCGAUGGAGGUGUCACAAGCGGAGCAGUCGGUUCGACGCCCGGUCCUACGGGCGCUUCUGGAGUCAGCACAUCCAACGCAGCUUCCAAAGUGGAGCGCUACAGGCCGCGAAUUUUCGGCUUUCCUACUCACGAGACUGCCAAGUUGCACAGGUGGCAGGAGGCGGUUAGGGAUUUGCAGAUUGAGAGGUUGGAAAGAUCAGAGAAUAGGCAAGCUUUGUUGAAUGCUCAGGCUCAUCACAGUAGGACCGCACCUACGGGAGCCAACCCUCCCACCACUACAGCAUCCGGACAUUUUGAGAAUCUCGACUGA